AUGCACUCCCUAGCGGGAACGCUUGUCCUUGCCUCCUCGCAUCCCAGCAUCCCCGUCAAGACGUCUACAACGCAUCCGUUAAAUACCAAAGUUCGCGUAGUAUCUGAUGAUUUGGCGAGCAACCAGUCUUCAUCUGCGCAAAGAGGGUCUUCUGCUCUGCGCAAGGUUGCCUUUCCUUCUAUGCUUGAUUUCCUUAAUUCCAGCGAACGUGAACACAUUUUCGGCUGCAUCGCAGAAUGCCAAGACGAGAGCGUCCAGCACGUUGCUCCAUCUAACAUCAAAUAUUCAUGGCACCAAGCGCUGUUUCAAGCCGGGAAAGAAGGGUACAUUUUACUCAAGGCUCGAGUGCAUUCGCUGACUAGCGUCAAAACGGUUACUAGUGCGCUUCGCAGACUACAUGAGCUCUGCGCACCGGGCAGGAACGACAUCCUUCGAAUACCACUACCUGAAGGCCUUGCUCCACUAUCGCCCCAGUCAUUAGACGAGUCCCUGACAAAACUCAUCGACAAUUACACCAUGCGUGGCCUCGUAGCCUGCUGUUGGGUACUAAAAAUCGGCUUGUGUGGAUGGAUCAAUGUGGACUUAUCACCGAACCCAGCAGAAGACGCCAAUGGCCUGGAGAACUAUGCGAGGAGGGAUACUUUACAACUCGUCGAGCGCGCGAUCACUGUUGUGCGGAGACGGCGAAGCGUCAAGGCCAUUGAGACGUUGGAACAGGUGCAGUUUUUGACCGAGUAUGUCGAGAAGGGGUUGGGCGGCACGGACAGACGUGAUCGUUUAUGGUUGGGGUGCAAUUUUGAUUUGUGGCUAUAA